AUAAAUAUUGUUCCUACAUAAUUGAAUGCGUAUAUGGCCAUGAUAGAGUCUCAACGUUGUCAAAAAGGAGGUCACUAGUGUAAGGGUAGGUAAUUCUACCACUGACUGUUCACUCAGUGUGCGAUCCGCGGAUGCAGCUUUCCAUCUCCAAGACUAAGCCUUUAUAUAGUGACCAAAUAACAUAUGACAUUUAGGAGAUAAACGUUGAGUAUGACUAAACAGCCGCUUUGUAGCCUGAAGAAGAGCCAGCUAUAUUGACACGAGGUAUCUGCAUGAUUUGACCUGUCAAUUUCAAGAUUUCACGGAUUCAAAGCAUGCUUGUAAAAGCAAUGAGACAGUUGUGGCCCGGGAAUAGUGGUUUGUGUAUGAUUUUCUUAAUUGUGUGUGUUCUGAAAUGAAUGUCAUCAAGUUUGACAAGCUGUGACUUCAGUGAUGUCGGGAUAUUGUUUUCGUGGCCAUUCGAGGGGACGAUUCUCAAAUCCCCUCCUGCCAAAUCCUUACGGUGGUGGUUGACGCAAAUGGCAAUGGAUAUCAAACACAAAAAGGGAUCAGGGUUACUGUGUCGCUGUUUGCUCUUCAUAGAAACCCGGAUGUGUGGCGGGAACCCGAGGCGAUGUGUGGGGAAGUCCUUCGCCAUGCUGCAAGUCAAGCUCGUGAUAGCUAUGAUAUUACGUCACUUCCGGCUUAGCAUCACCCCUGGGAGACCGGCGCAGCCAGAGAGUUCGCUCAUUCUGCGCAGUAAAGAUGGCGGUCCCCCUCCCCCACCUCCCAACUCAGAGUAA